ACUGCAACUCCCUCCUCAUUGGCUGACCUUUACAUAGGACACACCCCCUCCAAUCCACCCUUGCCAACCAUUCCGUGUCCUCCAUCUCUCUCUGCCAAUCCCUCCACUGGCCUCCACUCAGUGUCCUCCAUCUCUCUCUGCCAAUCCCUCCACUGGCCUCCAUUCAGUGUCCUCCACCCCCCUCUGCCAAUCCCUCCACUGGCCUCCACUCAGUGUCCUCCACCCCCCUCUCUGUCAAUCCCUCCACUGGCCUCCACUCAGUGUCCUCUCUCCCCCUCUGCCAAUCCUUCCACUGGCCUCCACUCAGUGUCCUCCACCCCCCUCUGCCAAUCCCUCCACUGGCCUCCACUCAGUGUCCUCCACCCCCCUCUGCCAAUCCCUCCACUGGCCUCCACUCAGUGUCCUCCACCCCCCUCUGCCAAUCCCUCCACUGGCCUCCACUCAGUGUCCUCCACCCCCCUCUGCCAAUCCCUCCACUGGCCUCCACUCAGUGUCCUCCACCCCCCUCUGCCAAUCCCUCCACUCGCC